AUGGCUCCAUGUUUGAAUCGUCUGUUUUUGCUCCUAGCCAUAGUUGCUGCGAUGUGUAAAGGUGGGAAGUCAGGUUUUUUCCCUUCAAAAACAACAGUACAGAUCAUCAAUGGCUUGCCAAAGCAUCAGGACUUGACGGUUCAUUGCAAAGACAAGCAUCAUGAUCUGGGAGAACACACUCUGAAAUUCGGAGAAACCUAUGAAUUCAAAUUCAAGCCACCUCCGAUGAUAAAUGUAACUCUUUAUUUCUGUAGUUUUUGGUGGCCAUCAAUCUCAUACGCCCGUUACUUCGACAUAUACAAACAAGAGAGGGACCAGUGUAGUGUGUGUACUUGGAAGGUAGUUGAGUAUGGCCCUUGCUUGUUUGGUGUUUGCUAUCCCUGGAAUCCUCCUCCUCAGCCACAUCCAAUGACACUUGCUUUUUCCGAUGAUGUUACAUCAAAUAAUACCCACGUUGUUACGGGGUCUCAUACUUGA